ACACAUUAUGUUUAUGUAUUAAAAACAGAAAGUAGUUAAAAAAAAAAACAAAAAAUAAUUAUUUAAUCAUUUAUAAUUAUUUAAAUUUGUGAACACAAUAAUUUUUAUUUUAUUAGGUAAGUACAUCGCAGAUUACUUAUUAUAUUUUGAAACUUCAAAUUACAUGUUUUUUACCUAUUUUAAAUUAUAUUGCAAUUCAACACAUCAAAAUGGGACUAAUGACUGUUUUAAAGAAAAUGAAACAAAAGGAAAAAGAGAUGAGAAUUUUAAUUUUGUAUCCUUUUCAAAAUAUAUAAUAUUUUAUCUAAUGAUACCUAUUAUUAAAUAACUGAUAAUAUUUCAAUUUGCACUCAAUCUCUGAUAUUUUAGUUAAAACAACAAAUUUGUUAAAUUGUACCAUGUAAAAUAUUGAUGAGUUUUGUUAACAUUUAAACUAUAUUUGUUAGAUUAACCUUAAUAAUUUUAAAUAGAGGUUUAGAUAAUGCUGGAAAAACAACAAUUCUAAAAAAAUAUAAUGGAGAGCCAACCAAUACUAUUGAACCAACAUUGGGUUUCAACAUCAAAACGCUAGAGCAUAAAAAGUAAUUACUUUUAAAAAUUUUAAAUCUAUUCACAUUCAUUACCUAGACAUGUUUUGUAAAAAGGCUGAUCAUAUUUAUGUUCAAAACAUAUUAAAAUGGUCAUAUUACAUAUACUCAAUAAAACUUUCAUUAAAAUAACUUAUUUUUCAUAAAUAUAUUUAUUCUAAAAUUGUAUACUUAGUAUACACAUAGGUACCUAUGUACACAGAUAAUUAUAUUAUAUUUUUAUAAUUGUUUUAGUUUAACUUGUAUAACAUUGUACAAUUUUUUUUGUUUCAGUUUUAAACUCAAUGUUUGGGAUGUUGGUGGCCAAAAAUCAUUGCGUUCAUAUUGGCGUAAUUAUUUUGAAAGUACUGAUGGUCUCAUAUGGGUGGUUGAUAGCGCAGAUAAAAGACGAUUGAGUGAUUGUACAGCUGAAUUGCAUAGUUUAAUCGAAGAAGAGGUAAAAAAUUAAGAUACAUUAUAUUAAAUCCAUUAACCACUAUUUUCAGUUUAUUAAUUAUAAAUGAUGUUUCACCUUUAAUUUAAAAAAAUUGUAUUAUCCCCUUAUACACGAAUGGUGAUAAAUAAAGAUGUUGAAAUUGUAGAUCGAUUUCUUUAACCUUAUUCAUCUUAAGAAUUUUUGAAAUAUGUUUAAAAACUAGGUUAUUAUGUUUACUAAACAAUCGCAAUUUUUUUUUCGAGUAACCAAAUUUGUUUUUUGGUCAAAAAGAUCUACUACAGAUACUUUUAUACUUUUUUCUGAUUCCGUCUAUGCUAGUUUAAAAAAUGUGUUUGAUUCGAUUGUUUAUGCACUUUUGAUAGAUUAAUUGGAAUACUGUAGUACUUAAGGAAAUGCUUCGGAUUUAAUUAUUUCAUACAUAAUGAAUAGAUUACAGGUACUGAAAAUCAACUAUGAAUAUAGCAAUAAUCUAAUAACUAAACACAAAGUCCCUUAUAGUACUGUUCUAGGACUGAUUCUAUUUAGCUUGUUAAAUCUAAAUAUAAAUGGAACUAUUUUUUUUAUACUGAUGAUACGAUAAUUUUAGCAAAAGCAAACAGUAUGAAUGAGUUAAAGGAAUUGUCUAUUUCCUAUUUAAAAAUAGUUGAAAAUUGAUUAGACAUUAAUGUGUUAGAGCUUAAUUAAAAUAAGUCUAGGUAUAUAUAUUUUCGUUUGUCAAAUACAACUCUUAACUUUACAGAACCUUUAGUGUUUCAUAUCUUUGAUUGCUUAUAGUUGAAUAACUGUUUAGUGUUCAUGCUUACGCAUUAAACAAUUUAAAUAUUGAAGUAUUUAAGUAUUUGGGAGUUAUGGUUGAUGAAAAAUUUAAAUGGUCAAAUCAUAUUAUAUACAGUGUAUGACCACCUUAAUUCCUAAACGUGUUUAUAUUUUUAAAAAUUUAAGGUAUUCUGAGUCCUUAGUUACUUAAAAUAGUUUAUUUUUACUUGCGCAUCAAGUGUCACGUCUUGUGAUCUUAUUGAUUACACUGUAUGGGUUAAGAAAAAUAAUUGUUCACAAUCCUAGAUUGUAUCCUACAACUAACCUGAUUUCUGAUUUUAGAGUAUUAAACUGUUUAUUAUAAAAAAAAUAAUCUUAAAUCUAUUUAAAAUUGAUAAGACAAUAUUUAAACCACAGCAUGUUUACAAUACCCAAUUAAAGACAUUAAGUAAUUUAAAAAGUAUAAAAGUUAUUAAAAUACAUGGGAAAUACAAUACAGUUAAUACUAGAAUUGAUUUAUGUAGAAAAUUAAAUAUUGAUAUCAUUAAAUUUAAAAUUAGAUCAGUGUUUAUUAAAUAUUUGUGUACUUCAGAUUUAAAUAAUAAUAUUUAAUCCUAGUUCGCUAUGAAUUGUAUGAACAGAAAUGAAUUUUAAGUUUUUUCGGAUUAUCAGGUGUUUUGCCUUAUUUCAGAUGUGCAAUAAUUUUUCAUUUUCUCCAGAUUUUGGGAAUUAGUUGUGGAAUUGUGAUAAUUUUGAAGAAAUCUAAAAACACUUUUGACUAUUAGUUCAAAAUGUAAAACGUCUUAUUGUUUUUAAUUUGUCUAUGUCAUUUCAGAGUUCUGUUGCUGAGUAUAAAUCGUUGAGUACAUAUUCUCUUUCUUUAAGUACAUAUACAUAAGUUUUUAAGUACCUAUACACAAGUCUUUUAGUUACUUAUACACAAGUAUUUAAGUACAUGUAUAUAUUCUUUGAGGUUAUUUUAAAGGUUUUGGGAGUUGGCCCUAAUAAGGGUCUUAUUUUAGAUAGCAUUUUGGACUUGUGGUUGUCUGGGUGUAUAGAGAUUUUAUUGGACAUCAUAAAUAUCUAAGUAAUAUACUAUGAUUUUCUAUUUGCAUGAUGGUAUCUUUAGACAUAAGAAAUGUUUCCCUGAGGUACACUACGAAGAAGUAACGCACCAUUGUACAUCAACAUAUCAAUUUAUUUUUCAUAUUGAUAUAUUAAAGAAUAUUUUGGUCAUUAAUAUAAAAUUCAUAAUAUUGAUAUGUUAAAGUAAUGUAACUUUUAUGUUUUCAGAGAUUAGCUGGAGCAACACUAUUAAUAUUUGCUAAUAAACAAGAUCUACCGGGUGCUUUAUCUGCAGAAGAAAUAAAAGAGGUAUAUUUUUUUAAAAAUUAAAAUACAUUUUCGUUGAAUUUUGAAAGUUUGAUUUAUAUAGUCAAAUUAAAUAAAUAUUUAUGGAUUACUCAUUAUAUUAUACUUUUAUUGAAAUUUAGGUGUUACAGUUAGAUCGUAUUAAAACUCAUCACUGGAAAAUAAUACAUUGCAGUGCAUAUACUGGGGAAAACUUAUUGGAAGGCAUUAACUGGAUGGUUAGUGAUAUUUCUGCCAGGAUAUUUACACUUGAUUAAGACUAGCGUGUUCAUAUUGUUCAAAUUAAAAAUUAUUUUAUUUGUUCUGCAAAUCAUGUUUAAAUAUUGCUUUAUCAAGACAUAUUUAGAUGUACUGAUUUUUAUUUUUUUAAUUUAACUAUUGUCAUGUAUGUGUAUUUAUGUACUUACUAAGUAAAUAAACAAGUAUACUUAUGUGUAGCUACUAUAUACACAAUAUUUAAUAUAUGUAUAUAUGUACAUAUAUGUAUAUUAUCUACUCGAUGGUAUGGCCAAAUAAGCCAUGUCAAUAGUUUAAUUCAAUGAGUAGAAUAUAAUAUAUUUUAGUUUUCAUUUUACUGAAUUAUGUACUAAUGUCUACUAAUAUCUGUAUUACUUAUACUCUAUUAAGAGUUCAUAACAUGAUUACUUUUAUAUCUACCUG